AUGUUCGGAGGAUUCGCCCCCCCUCAGCAGUCCCAGGAGGAGAUUCGCGCCCUCGAGGCCGAGGCUACCUUUACCAUCCAGCAGGCCGUUGCCACCGCCGUCCUCCUGUACCUCUCCCCCUUCGCCAUCGACCUCUGCGGCAAGAUCUUUUAA